AUGUUUUAUCCCCGUCUGCAGGAGGACAACUGGCGGGAGAUCGCCGGGAAGAAGAUGAAGUUCCCGCCCAGCCUGAUCGGGGCGAUCUACGACGGGAACGUGGCCAAGAUCUACAAGUUGCUGCAGACCAGCGACGGCAUCUUGCGCCAACUGGACGACACGGAGGACCGGUCGUGGCGGGAGGCCCUCAACCUGGCCAUCAGGAUGAGCAACGAGGAGAUCAUCGUGGCGCUGCUGGGCUGCGUCAAGUUUGACUUCCGCCAGAUCCACGAGGCCCUGCUGGUGGCGGUGGACAUGAACCUGAUCAACGUGGUCAAGCUGCUGCUGGAACGCCUCGACCAGCAGAAGGGAACCAGCCACAACAAGGUGGACAUCAUGUCCUUCUCCCUGGCCCUCUUCGACCACUCCAUCGACAGCUCCCGCUUCGCCCCCGGGGUCACCCCGCUCACCCUGGCCAGCCAGAAGGACCUCUUUGAGAUCGUGGACCUCCUGAUGAAGAAAGGCCACUCCAUCCCCAACCCGCACAAGAUCUCCUGCUCCUGCCCCGAGUGUCUGAACGGGAGGCAGUACGACAUGCUGAAGUUCUCCCUCUCCCGCAUGAACACCUACAAGGGGCUGGCCAGCAAACCUUACCUAGCCAUCGCCAACGAGGAUGCCAUGCUCAGCGCCUUCAAGCUCAGCCGUGAGCUCAAGCAGCUCUCCAAGAAGGAGCCAGAGUUCAAGCCGGAGUACCUGAGCCUGGAGGAGCUGUGUGAGGACCUGGCAGUGGAGCUGCUGAGCAUGUGCAGGAACCAGAGCGAGGUGAACGCCAUCCUGAACGACAGCGGGGAAGACGUGGAACAGGAGGAGGGCGAGGAUGCACAGGCGUUCGAGGAAGGGAUCCCCAACCUGGCCCGGCUGCGGCUGGCUGUCAACUACAACCAGAAGCGGUUUGUGGCGCACCCCAUCUGCCAGCAGGUGUUGACAUCUAUCUGGUGCGGGAAGUUGAUGUGGCGGGGAUCCCCGCACCGUGUGUGGAUCAUCUUCGUCUCCAGCUCCCUCUUCUUCACCAUGCCCAUCCUCAGCGUGGUCUACUGGCUGGCACCCCCCGAUCCAAGGUCAGUGGGGCAAAUGGUGCGUACGCCGGUGAUCAAGUUCCUCCUGCACUCCUCCUCCUACAUCUGGUUCCUGGUGCUGCUGCUGGUGGAGUCCAUCGUUGCCCAGCAGUUCCGCGAUGUCGCCUCGUCACGCAACCAGCCCAUCUACCACAACUCCUUGCACAUGAUCUGGGUGGUGGGAUAUUUCUGGUAUGAGUGUAAGGAGGUGUGGAUCGAGGGGCUGCGCAGUUACCUGCUGGACUGGUGGAACUUUCUAGACAUCGUGAUCCUCAGCAUGUACCUGGCAUCCUUUGCCCUCCGCAUUGUCAUCUUCCUCAGCGGCCAGCUGUACUGCAGCAACGACAUGGACUCCUACUACUGCCAAUACUACACCACCGCUGACCGGCAUGAGUGGAUGCAGGAGGACCCGCAGAUGGUGAGCGAGGUCCUGUUCGCCAUCACCUCCAUGUUGAGUCUGCCCGUCUCACCCUCCAUCCUCCCCGCACCACGAGAACCCUCGGGACCCCUGCAGAUCUCCAUCGGACGCAUGAUCGAUGACAUGUACAGGUUCAUGUUCGUGUUGAUGAUCAUUCUCACGGCCUUCCUCUGCGGCAUCAACAACAUAUAUGUCCAUUACGUGGAUCUGGAACGCCUCGGCAAACGUUGUCCUCUGUGGACGUUUGAUUGUUUGAUUAUUUUUCUUGGUCGGAUCUUCAUCACCAUCGUUAUGGUCAUCGUGCUGCUCAACAUGCUGGUGGCUAUGAUCACCAACUCCUUCCAGAAGAUCGAGGUGCCUGACAAACCCUGCCUCACCCUGGGGGCAGACGAUGCGGAUGUAGAGUGGAAGUUUGCUCGCUCCAAGUUGUACCUCUGUUAUUUCCGUGAAGGUCUCACUCUCCCCGUCCCCUUCAACAUCAUCCCCACCCCCAAGUCUCUCUUCUACUUGCCCCUCAUGCUCCCCCCACCCCACAGAUAUACGAUGCGGAAGGUGUGUUGUAUGAGCGGCAAGAGGCACGAUGACUACCCACCCCUGCCAUCCACCAUCGCGAAUGCGGGAGUGAGCGGGACAAAGGCGGAGGGGCGCGAGGCCUACAGGCUGCAGGUCAUCAAGACCCUGGUCCAGCGGUACAUCGAAACAUCGCGGCAGGAGUUCGCCGAGAAACAGCGCAAAGACCUGGGGAACCGCAUCACGGAGUUGAGCAAGUUUGUGGGGCGACUACAGACGGACAUCAAGCGCCUGAACUACGGCUCUGGUUCGGGCUCUGGAGGGGGCAGCAAGUCCGGAGAUGCCUCGACCGUCAUCAGCAAAUACAUCCUGGGCGCCAGGAACCGCUUCCCGGACACGGACCCCGGCUCCGACCCCCCGUCCCGGCGCCGCUCGCUGCUCCUCGCCGCUCAAACCUUCUCCGGAGACGGCGCCGAACCGCACCCCACCGCCCUGCUCCACGCCCGGCUCGGGGCACAGGGAGAGGGCGACGAGGAGGAGGAGGAGGAGGAUGAGGGGGCACAGAAGUGUCCACCCUACCCCAGCAAGGACAAGGACAAGGAGGGAGAGGGAGAGGGAGAGGGGAAGACAGAGGAGGGAGAGGGGAAGGAUUGAGGAGUGGAUUGGACUGGAGAGUUAUAGGAAGAGAGAGGAGGGAGGAGAAACAUAGAAACAUUCGCUCCAUAGAUGCUGCCUCACCUGUCGAGUUUUUCCUGAAUGUUUGUCUACCUUAGAAACAUAGACAACAGGUGCAGGAGUAGGCCAUUUGGCCCUUCGAGCCAGCACCGCCAUUCAAUGUGAUCAUAGCGGAUUAUCCCCAAUCAGUACCCCAUUCCUGCCUUCUCCCCAUAUCCCCUGACUCCGCUAUCUUUAAGAGCCCUAUCUAGCUCUCUCUUGAAAGUAUCCAGAGAACCGGCCUCCACCGCCCUCUGAGGCAGAGAAUUCCACAGACUCACCA